CUGUUGCUGUGGCAACGUAAAAUGGCGAGAGGAAAGCCUCCUCCUGUUCUCUCCUUAACUCCACUGGAAGUUCUGCUAUUCCUGAACACCUGGUACUAUGCAGUGUACUUUGUGGCAGAGAUCCUUCUUUUCAUCUACAAAAGUCAGCUCUUACCAUAUACUUCUGCAAAUCUGACUUUGGACCUAGUGAUGCUGUUUCUCUACCUUGGAGUUGAAAUAAUGAGAAUAUUUUUUGGUUCCAAGGGGAAUCUGUGCCAGCGUAAGGUACCUCUCACCAUUAGCCUGGUGCUUCUUGGACCAUCUACAAUAAUGGCUGUUUAUUAUAUGCUGCUCCAGACCUAUGUUCUGAGAUUGGAAGUGACCAUCAAUGCAAUAUUAUUGGUGUUUUACGUUUUUGAGCUGGUUCUGUACACAGUGGGUUUGAUAAGUUUCUCAAGCGUAAUCAUCAGCGACUGAGAAUCUAAAGAGGUGGAUUGCAUCCAUAACAGAUGAGCUAUUUCUCUACUCUGGCCGCAAAACAAUUAUAACAGUUCUAACGCUGUUUUUGUAAGUGGUUGUAAGUGUUAAGGAUAAUUUUCCAAUAUUU